AUGACCGUCUGCAACUUCUAUCCGCGGAACGCUUGCAAAUUCGGAGAUGCUUGCAAAUUCGAGCACCCUGGAAGUUCGCGGGAUGCAGCCCGAGGGGGAGGUGGUUUUGGCGGAGGCUCCAACAACAACCGCUUUGGUGCUUUCAGUGGCGAUCGCUACCGUCCGGGUGACAAUAGCGGGUCCAGCUCAUUCGGGGGUAGCCGCGAAUCAAAGUCGUCGACUUUCAACCUAGACAAGGACGUCAUUCAAGCCGAUCUCAGUAAGGAGCGUCCAACGUACCCGCUCUCAUGUUAUGGCCCAGGGAAAGAUGCUCCACGACAGCUUAUUGAAGGGCCUGUCGAAAUCAGUCCCGAAGAGCUCCGCCUUCGAUACUAUACGCUACGAGCGGCCGGUAACGAGCCCACAGCACAACAAGAAGAGGGUGCGCUGAACGAGAAGAUGCAACAGCAAGUAAAAGCGAUCUUGGACGACGUCGCAGGGGCUAUCAGCUAUGUUCAGGCAGGUGCCGACGUCCAUCCCAAUCGCAUCGACAUCGCCAAGGGCACUGCUUCAGCAAGCGGAUCGAUGACUAACACGACUGCGUCAUCUAACACUGCCGCGAAUCCUUUUAUGAAAGCUCCGUCAAACCCGUUUCAGGCGGCAGCAGCAUCUUCGCAGCCUUCUGCGUUCGGACAGGCCUCAACACCAGGAUUUGGAAAGCCGGCCUUCGGUCAGCCAUCCAACCCAGCACAAACUACCUCCGCAUUUGGACAGCCAUCAAAUCCGGGUCAGAGUACCUCAGCAUUCGGUCAACCCUCAAAUCCGGGUCAAUCCACCUCAGCGUUUGGACAGGCGUCGAGCCUGGGUCAGACUACUUCGGCUUUUGGACAGACCUCAAAUCCAGGUCAGGCUACUUCAGCAUUUGGACAGGCGUCAAAUCCAGGCCAGUCAGCUUCGCCCUUUGGCGCGGCUUCUGCUUUGGGUCAAAAGCCAUCACCCUUUGGUCAGCCUUCAGCGCUUGGCGGUGCUGGUAGUGCGUUCGGAAAGCCUGCAUUUGGAGCCUCCGGGUUUGGUCAGCCGUCGAUGCCGGGCGCAGGAAGCGCAUUCGGGCAGACCAGCAGUAUGGGCCAAGGCUCGGCCUUUGGCCAGCCAUCGGCGCCAGGUGCGGCGUCUGGAUUUGGACAGACAAACGCUCUAGGGCAAAAGCCAAACCCAUUCAGCAAACCUGGAUUCGGUCAAAGUGGAUUCGGUCAAGCGUCUCAGCCAGGUGCCAAUACCUCGCCUUUCGGGCAACAAGCAUCGUCUGGCGCAUCGCCGUUUGGUCAGCAAGCUUCGUCAGGUCAAUCUCCUUUCGGUCAGCAAGCGCAGCAGACAAAUCAGCCUUCACCGUUUGGUCAACAAGCACAGAAGCCAAACCCAUUUGGUCAGCCACAGCAAGCAUCAACACAGGCACCUGCGCAAUCGAACCCCUUUGGUGGAACUGCAUCAUCGCAGACUCCAGCAUUCGGCCAGACGAGCAAGCCCUCACCUUUCGGCACCCAACAGCCGCAAAACAACGCGACGCAGCCAGCAGCUGCUAAUCCUUUCCUUAAACCCCAGACAUCCGCCGCUCCAGCAACUUCCACACCUUCUCCCUCUCCUUUUGCAACUCAACCACAGAAUCAACCUAACAAUCCCCCCGCUCCUGCUCAAGCUACCUCUCAGCUGCCUUCAAUUGCACAGCCUACCUCGGCAGCACGUCCCCAUGUUGAGGGCGUCACACCAGAUGGCAAGCCAAUCGACCCGAAGGACCGUUACAAAGAGGGCAAACCAGAGGAGUAUGAUGGCGAGCAGGGUAGGAUUUUGGAGGAGAUUUAUAAGCGCGUGUCGCAACUAGGACGAUUUAACGAUGAUGAGGACAUCCCAGUCACGCCUCCGAAGUGUGAAUGGAUAGCGCCGCUUGCGAUAUUGUGA